AUGGAGCCGCACGACCUGGAGAGCGACAAGGGCGGCAACGCAGCCCUGAAGGAGGUGCCUGCUGGGGAGGAGCCGCCCAUCCAGAAGCCCCAGGGUUUCUGGGCGCGAUUCCGGUACUAUGAGGAACUGCUGGACCGCAAGAUGGGCAUCGAGAGCCACACGGUUGAGCGCGUCCUGCCCGAAGAUCGCAAACCGCCGAACCCGCUGGUCAUGGGCUUCAUGUGGGCGUCUGCGACGAUGAACCUGAGCUGCUUCAGCACUGGCUUCCUCGGGAAUGAGUUUGGAUUGUCGCUGGGACAGACCAUCCCCAUCACCAUCUUUGCGACUCUGCUUGGGAGUGCUACCACGCUGUACUUGGCAGCGCGCGUCAUUUGGAUGGCUGUUAAUCCGUAUGUCUUCAUUCAGGCUUGGUGUGCAACUAUGGGUCCCCCGACGGGCCUGCGCCAGGUCGCCAUCUCGCGAUACUCGCUGGGAUUCUACCCGUCGUCCAUCAUUGCCGCUCUCAACGUGGUCGAGCAGCUCGGAUGGGCAUCAGUCAGCUGCAUCACCGGAGGACUGGCGCUGAGCGCGGUGUCAGACGGCCAGCUAUCCAGCGCUGUCGGAGUCAUCAUCGUCGCCUGCGUCAGCCUCGUUUUCAGCUUCAUCGGCUUGAAAGGCGUGCUGGCCUAUGAACGAUACGCGUGGAUCCUGUUCUUCAUCGUGUUCAUGAUCAUCUACGGCGAGGCAGCGCAUCGCGCGGACCUGAGCGCGCCGCCCACGGUGAGCGGCAUGACCGAGUCCGGUCAGAUCCUGAGCCUGAUCAGCGUCAUCUACGGCUCGAGCGCCUCGUGGUGCUCCAUCGUAUCCGACUUCUAUGUGCACUACCCCGUCAAUACCCCCAAGGUGAAGAUCUUCAUGUACACGCUUCUCGGUAUCUCUAUUCCCACCUGCAUUGGAAUGUUGUUGGGUUGCUGUAUUGCUUCUGCGCUGGCCACCAACCCGGAAUGGAACGAUGCGUACGAGAAUGGCAUUGGCGAGUUGCUCAGGGUGAUCAUCUAUCCGGAUGGAUUUUCAAAGUUCCUCCUAGUGCUGCUUGUGCUGUCUGGAAUUGGCAUGAACUGUAUCGCCAUCUACGCAGGCUCAAUUUCGGCCCAACUGUUCGCAAAACCGUUCCAGCUGGUACCCCGCGCGAUCUGGACGCUCAUCGUCUUCAUCUGCAUUCUUCUCCUGGGCCUCGCGGGCCGAGACCAUCUGCUGGCGGUGCUGAGCAACUUCCUCUCCCUUCUGGGCUACUGGAACACCUCGUUCUUCGUCAUCCUCUUCACAGAGCACUACCUCUUCCGUGGCGGCAACUUCGCCAACUACGACCUGGACGCGUGGAACACCCCGUCCCGAAUGCCCAUCGGUCUGGCCGGUCUGACGGCUUUCCUGUGCGGUGCCGCCGGAUGGAUCGUCGGCAUGGUCGAGACGUACUAUACCGGUGCCAUCGCCCGGAUGAUUGGGGACGAUGGAGGCGAUGUCGGGAACGAGCUGGCUUUGGUGUUUACCAUCGUGUCGUAUACCCCAUUGAGAAAGCUGGAGCUCAAGUACAUUGGGCGGUAG